UCGGGUGGCGACAGAUUUACGGCUCCUGUGUGUCUCAUAUCCGUCGUCAUGAAAGCCGCGGAGUUGGUGGAGCACCAGCACCAGGCGCCGAUGGAGGGAGAGUCGCAGGAAGAGGCAGAGCUGAAUGCAGAGGCGGCGGAGGAGCCGGAGGAGCCCGAGGAAGAGGCUUGCAACAGCAGCAAGAAGAAGAAGAAGGUUGUGCCGGGUAUUGUGUACCUGGGACACGUCCCGCCGCGAUUCCGGCCUUUGCACGUACGCAACCUGCUCAGCGCCUACGGUGAAGUGGGACGCGUUUUCUUCCAGGCCGAGGACCGCUUUGUGAGACGCAAAAAGAAGGCAGCAGCGGCCGCGGGAGGAAAAAAAGCAGCUAAAUACAGCAAGGACUAUACAGAAGGCUGGGUGGAAUUCCGUGACAAGCGCAUAGCCAAGCGAGUGGCAGCCAGUCUGCAUAACACGCCCAUGGGUGCCCGCAGGCGCAGUCCCUUCCGUUAUGACCUGUGGAACCUCAAGUAUUUGCAUCGUUUUACUUGGUCCCAUCUCAGCGAACACCUUGCCUUUGAGCGCCAGGUACGCAGGCAGCGCCUGAGAGCAGAGGUCGCCCAAGCAAAGCGAGAGACUGACUUCUAUCUUCAAAGUGUAGAACGGGGAAAACGCUUCCUUGCACCUGAUGGAGAUGCUGCUCGCCCGAAUAGCUCCUGGACCUUUGCUCAGCGUCCCACUGAGCAGGAGCUAAGAGCCCGGAAGGCAGCACGGCCAGGAGGGCGGGAACGAGCUCGGCUGGCGAAUGCCCAGGACCAGGCCCGAUCCAACAGGGGGCUCCUCGCCAGGAUCUUUGGAGCCCCUCCACCUGCUGAGAGCAAGGAAGAGCUGUAGCCAGUAAGGGACUGCUGAUGGAACUUGUACCUGCCAGCCCUGCCCGCUUCUGGUCUGCCUCCCGCAGGCCAUAACGAGUGCCCAGGCGGAUGGUCUCUCUAUUCUGUAGACCAAGAGUCUGGCAA